UGUUAUUUGUGGCAAACACAAACAGCACUCCUAUAUAACGUGUUUAAUUUUAGCUUAGGAAAGGUACUGUCACAAUGCCUCUACUCAAAUAUCCUAGGAAGUUUGUUUCCUUCUGGCAGGAAUGGGAAAUAAAGGCUCAGAAAUUCGGCCUUAGAAAAAAAAUAUUGAGUGUAAGUGGAGACGAGUAUAAGGGAGAAUGGCUAAACAACAUGAAGCACGGCACGGGUGUUUACAUCUACAAAAAGAAAGCAUGUAUGUAUGAAGGUGAAUGGGAAAACGAUAAAAGAAGUGGCAAAGGAACAUACAGUGUCAAAGACCCAAUCACCGGAGUUUAUAGGAUGGUUUACCAAGGAUUAUGGAAGAAUGGCAAAAGACACGGCUUUGGGACACAAUAUUAUAAGGACGCAGCCGUUUAUGAAGGAGAUUGGGAGGACGGAAAACGAAGUGGUUGUGGUAGACUAUAUUUAGCAAAUGGCAACAUUUAUGAAGGUGAAUGGCUGGACGACAAAUACAAUGGGCAAGGAAUGCUACGAUUAGCUAAUGAAAACCGCUACGAGGGUUCCUGGAAGGACGGUAUGAAGCACGGACUGGGAUCUUUUCAUUAUCUUAAUAAAGGCUGGUUGUAUGAAGGAGUAUGGGAAAAAGAUAUACCUACAUGUGGGACCAUGACAGAUUUUGCGAGAGAAGAAGCACCUUCCCCACCAAUGUAUCCCAUACCAGUGUUGGGAAUCAAAUUGUGAAACCAAGUUUCCUGGAGCCUCAUGACAACCCUGUCCCAUCUUCUCAUCCAUCAAUGGACUGAAUAUCAUCGGCAUGUUAAAAAAACAAUAAA